GCUGUACCGCCGCACCAACGAGUGCGAGCAUACCAAACGGCAAUAUUCUGAUCUGAUAAGGUUCUUAGUUUUUGUUUGAUAGCGUUUUAUUUUGCUUUUACCGCUUUUGAAGUGCGUGAUCCUCGGGUUUGAGUCCGCAAGGGAUCCUAGUGCAGUUUUAGAUAGCCGGAGAUAGAACUGUGUAAUCUGAGAUACUUGAUCAGCAAGAUCAAAAUGCCGCGCUUCACUACAGUUUCGAAGUCACUUGAGCUGCACGGUUGGAGCUUGAGCCGAGUUACCGGGAGCCACCACAUUUUCAAGAAGAAAAGCGAACGUGGCGCUGUUGUUUCACCUGUCGGAUGUAUUGCUGUUCCGGUGCAUGACCACAAGGUUUCCCCAGAGAUGUUCCACGUGAUCUGCAGCCACUUACGCAAGGACAAAAAUGCAGAAACCUCCGUCGUGGAAGCAGCCUCUACUGUUCUUCAGGCCACUGCUUCAACUUCGUGCGACAAACAGCCAGAUCAACAUCCUGGGAAAACGUCACGCCAUGAGCUCGAAAGUGCAAGAACGGCGGUCGCCUGGGUGGCAGAAAACGUUGAGCUUGCAACCGACGAAAGUGAUGCUUAUCUAGAAUGGCUCGAUCGCCAAGAACGGUUGAAAGAUGAGAAACGUAAAGACGAGCUCGCGAUAUUGUCUUCCCAAUACGCGGAAGCAGCAACACUACUGGCGGAUGGUCAAGCCGCCGAGGCUCAGACACUUAUUGAGUCGAGGCUGUUGCGCGGACGGUACAAGAAACAGAUCGGAAAGGAGCCGGAGAGCGGAUGCAGUCCGGAGAAACGGAAGCUGCUGGAGGCGAUCGACUUCACGUAUAUGGCGGCGUUGCUUCAGUGCGCGCUCGAGCACUGUCAGUUUGGGUCAAGCAAGCAGCAGGACUUGCUGCGUGAGGUGUGGAAGCUAAUAGGUUUCAUGAAGAGCAAGUGGUGGCGAAACACAAACGGCGCCGAGGAAUUCCAUGAAGAAGCGCUGGCGUACGUGAUGCAGGUGUAUGACGCGAUCACCAUCGAAAAAGCCUUCAUUAGCAAGGACGCGCAGGACACGCACGUGGCCACGGCAAGUCGUCAUUUGAUGAAUGGGAAGACCCCCGAUGCGGAAACUCGAAACCCAGAACUUGUGAAGAAAACGAAAAGAGCAACUAGCGGAAUACUUUUUCUGUUCGAGCUCCUCGACUCGGCUCAAGUGCUGCGGAAUAACGCUGACAAAGUCAUUUGCGGCUGCGUCCGCUCUCUGGGGAAGCUGUGUGAAACGGCGGAGCUGUGCAACCGCUUGUUGGACAUUCUGCACUACAAACAGGAUCCAGAACUCGUCGAAACUCAUUUGAAGCGAAUCCGUCCCGUAUAUCAACAGAAGAAGCAGCUGAUUAUCACAGAGUACAUCCGUCAAGGAUGCUGCUUAGAAGAUGCGAGCGGCAGCACCGAGAGGCCACGCCCAGAGAAGUUGCGCACAGCGGUCGAGAAUUUCGGCAGCCAUGCCAUCAGCGUAUAUCGAUUUGGUUACGAUAUGCAGCUAUUGCAGAUGGUGGUGAAUUUCGACCGGACUUACGUCAAGAGCUUCGGUUGUAAUCGGCAAGAGCUGCUCGCAAAUCACCAGUCCUGGGCCUGCUCGAAGAAAAUCAAGAAUGUGAAGGAGCGUGAUUUUCAUGCCGUUCUAGCGGUGCUGGUAGAGGCCCUCGAAUUCUGCAUCUCUCCGUGUGUCGAAACGAUGAAGUCCAUUCCUUCAGAGACUGAUCCUCAUACAGCCGGCGCUUCAGGGUUCUUAAAGUUUUCAGAGACUGCGGAAUAUGCUUUCAACGAAAUGCACCAGGGUACUGCAGCAGCUUUCUUCUUUCUCGCGCGCUUACGUGCGCCUUUCUUCACUGCAGAUGGGCAGCGGUCCGCUGCCUUUCAGCUGUGUCGGGUUGCUCACUACAUCGAAGGUGGAUAUAAGAUUAGCGGAGACGGUGAAGCAGAUGAGGUCCAUGGAAGUUUUGGUUUUUCGUACUGGCAGUACCAAGCUCUCCCGAUGACGAUUGAACAACUAAACGGAACGCAACCACUGUUAGCAUCGCGACCAACGCCCGCUUCUGUGGACGCUACUAGUCCCGUCAGCAAGGAGAUCCGUGCUAACUGCAUCAGCCUGUUUCAGGCAAACGCGAAGAUAGCUGUCUAUACAAGAGACCGCACAGGGAUGCUUUUGGUCGACCGGCUUGUCGAAGUUGAUGGGGACCGAGAUGCACUCAAUUUCAGCAAGCUGCUACGAGCGCGACCGACGCCUGAGUGGCUUGCCCAGGCUGAGGAGCAAUGGAGCAGUAGUUGCAGGACUUGCGCCACUACUUUUCAGCACGCGGCCCAGAUGCUCGGGAUCAUUCUCAUUGGUGUUCGGAGUGCACAGAAUGCCAACCCAGCAGUUACCAAAACAGAAGAUGCGGUUCGUGUGAAGUAUCUUCGCGAGCUCUUUCAGUGGCUCAAAACAACUGUCAAACUCGACGAGUUGUUGGGGCUCGUAGAGGACCUGCAGAGCCACACAGCAACCUUAUCUAGCUUUCAUCAAUCCCGACCGGCAUGUGAAUGGGCGUCCCGACAACAAUGCAAAAUGUACACGCUGCUGCAGCGAGCAAUUCCGUGUAUCAAUGAGCUCCCAGCGGUAGAGGAGCGACUGCAGAAGUUCAUCGCCAUCGCUCCCGCGGAGUCCGGCAAGAAGAAGCUUACUCCACUGUCGGGAACAUGGAUGGCAGAUUUGAAAGCCAUCAGUGAAGCUGUAGCAGAAGUGAAGGCCACUAUUGACGGAAAUCCUGCCGCUGGUGCGUAGACCACCCCUCCUGAAACCCAUUCCCAUUUAUUUUAUAUCGAGUUGCAGGGAAACCGAAACAGAAACUGAAAUCUUGAUCUUCAUCUUCAACCACACUCAGGCACUGACAUCAGCCGCGAGCGUGACUCGAGGUGCGACAAGUGUUCCGUCGCCAUGGCCAUUUUUAGUACAUGGCAUCAACAUCUGGCGGUCAUUCUAUGUCUCUCCAUACUUUUGUGAAAACUCGGUUGUUUCUGUAGUGUACUGCUAACUAAGAUGCACAGAAAAAAUCGGUUUCAGUUCUGCUCUCGUUCCAGUUAAAGUGAAGUACCGAUUUACUCGUACCGACCCUCGUCCAGCCUCGGUUUCCGGGAAAUUUCGUGAAGAACGGAACCAACUACUAUAGUUUUGUGACACAGACACAGCAAGCAAAACUAUAACUGCCCGACAGACACCCAGACCAUGCCCCUACUCUCUCUUCUUGAUUACCCACGAACUUGACACAGAAACCUUUUUUUGACUACUUACAAUUUCCCGGCGUAAAAUCACAAGUCAGCUUGUUUUUCAAAGACACCUUCGAAAAUUUCAGCUUCUUUUCGGAGCGACAACUCUACCCAUCCCCAAAAAAAUGGUCUGAAUUUUGUUUUCGGUGAUCCCAGCCGUGGCUGGGAGCGCCGCCGCCCUCGCGGGCGCUAAGGUCGUGGCAGACAGUCAAAGCCCCGUACCAGCUGACGAACAGGACACACCGAGACUGGUUUCCCGCUAUUCCCGAGCAGAUGCCAACGGAGAAAUGAGUCACAGCAGAAGUAGACGACCCCUGCUCCUCGCCGAGGGCGAAGCCAUCGCGCCGGACGAAAAGCCGUCUGUCGCAAUGGCAAUAGAGGACUUCAUCGGGGAACCGCCGGGUGCUCCGUCAUUCAAGAGAGAGGACCGGAUUUUCUACGGACCAACUAAGGUAGGUGCGAGAAGAGCACAGGGGAGGUUGCAGGGAAAUCCAGAUUUCUCAAAUAGUGCAGUACAACUCCCAGAAAGGCCGCGGUCAGCGUAAAAUGUGCGGCGCGGUUCUUUUCUGUCAGAAGAGUAGUGUGUGUAAAGAAGAAAAAUCAGGUCGUUUCAAUCCUGAUUUUUUCCGAUAGCUUGUCAUUGAUUCUCAUUGCACCACUCAGGUUUUCUUCAGUAGAUUCGCGAUGUUUUAUUCGGAACACGUACUCCACGCAGUGUGCAGGAGCUAUCGAUUCAAUUUUUUGAGAGAUUUAUUAGCAUGCGCUCGAAUACCUGCAUUUACAUCGAUGCCGUGAUACAAGCCCGAAAACGGUACUUCUCAAGUACCGGCUUGUUGAUUUAAAGUUUCAGUUCGAGUUCUCGACGCAGUUUCUUUUCUUCGGACAUACCGGAACACCCCUCAUCCAUCGUGAACGAACAAGCCGUGAAUCAAGAAGGACCUUUGUGCAAGCAACUGUGAAAUCCACCGGGAGCUCCAUGUCAAGUUGCGCCCAGGUGUGACACCACUUGUCGCGGGGCCGCAAAAAUGUUGGAAG